AGUAGAUAAGAAGCGAGACAAACUUGAAAGAAAGGUGCUGGAUAGUCAAGAAAGAGCUUUCUGGGAUGUUCACCGGCCAGUGCCAGGGUGUGUCAAUACCACAGAACUCGAUAUCAAAAAAGCUUGCCAUAUGAAGAAGCCAAUGAGAAGUGCCAAAAGUACUGGAUGCAAAGUCAGCCCAAUGACAGAAGCUGAUAUAGCCCAGUCUACAGAAGUCUUACAGAAAGAGAUUACCACCCUAAAAAGUAGAUUAGACCGAAGAAAUGUCAAAAUAUCUAAGGUGGCUGAAUCGUAUGUUAGUUAUUUUGAGCAGUACCAAGAAUAUGAUCCUUUUCUAACACCUCCUGAGCCAUCAAAUCCAUGGGUAUCUGACAGUCCAGAUUUUUGGGAGCUAGAAAAACAAGCCAAAGAAAUACCCCCCAGAAGAGUUCGAAGGUGGGCGUUUUCUCUCCAGGAGUUACUCAAGGAUCCCGCUGGUAGAGAUCAAUUCAUAAAGUUUUUAGAAAAGGAAUUUAGUGCUGAAAAUCUCAUGUUCUGGGAUGCUGUGCAAGGUUUGAAACAAGUACAUUCCAAAGAUGUUCCUGUUAAAGUUCAGGAAAUAUGGAAUGAAUAUCUGGGCCCUGAUGCUAACUCACCAAUUAACAUUGAUUCCAAAAGCUAUGAACUUACUAAAAAGAAUAUUGAAAAACCAGGCAGGUGGACAUUUGAUGAAGCUGCUUCACAUCUCUAUCACCUCAUGAAGAAUGAUAGCUAUCAAAGAUAUCUAAGAUCUGAGAUGUACAAGGAAUACCUCAGUGGAACAAAAAAGAAAACUUCUAUAAAGGGUAUACGUUCAGUUAUCUUCCCAGGCAGGAAGGACCAGAACUCAACUUAAUAUGUUUUCACACAAUUAUGUGCACAGGAAAGAAACCUUACCAAACUUUUGCAAAACUGGAAAUUUUGACUCCAGUUUUAGCCCCAAGAGAGGAAUUGUCAAUUAAUGAGGACAGGUCAUCAAGAUAUUUUUAUCGACUGAAACACACUCUUCAUAUUAUUCUGUGAGAGAAGGAGCUUAAAACUGAAACAUUGUGUAUAGUGGUAGGACGAGAUUUACAUCACCUAUUUUGUUAGAUGUUUCUUGCUUAUCAGUGGGUCACCUUAGCUAAUACUUUGUCUUGUUGUUAUUUUAGUCUUUAUUACUAUGUCAUACAUUCUCGAGAUUGGAUAUUUAUUUUAACAUUGUUGAGUAUUAGACAGUGGGUUUUAAAAUCUAAGAUUUUGUAUACCCUGCAAGUUCCAAGCAAGAACUGAAAAUAUGGAUAUUUAUUUUAACAUUGUUGAGUAUUAGACAGUGGGUUUUAAAAUCUAAGAUUUUGUAUACCCUGCAAGUUCCAAGCAAGAACUGAAAAUAUGGAUAUUUUUUAGAAUUUCUUAUUAGAUUGCCUGCCUCCUGUUACAGGCUAUUUUUGUGUUAGAAAUACAUACAUAUAUAUAUAUAUAACAAUUUUCACUUAGUCUUAUUUCCAAUUAGCAUUGUUAUUUAAUGCUAAAUAUUAAACAUAGAAGUGAAUAAGAGAACAAAAAUAUCUAAAAUGUUUAGAUAUUUUAUGCUACAGAAUUUUAACUGUAAAUACCAAUCUUUAGUUUGAAUUACCAAAGACUUGAGUAAAACAUAAACCCCAAGUUCAACAACAAGGAAGGGUAAUAACUAAAUGAAAUUUUAAAUAAGAGAUGGAGGGGAACUUUUGAAAAUUAACUAUUCUUCUGUGAUUUCAUAUAUUCUUUAAAUUAUAAAAAAGUGAGGUAAGAUAAAACAAAGUGAAAUGAUUUCCAAUGUUAGUAUGUAUAUGUUUUUUUCCUGUCUUCUACUGGUUUGAAUAAGGAGAGAUGUAUCACCUUUUUCUCUCUGUUUCUGUUGUCAGUAUAAAUAAUGUUUUCUUAACAUCAGAUUGAUGUAAAAACCUACAGUCAUAAUUAAUGUAUGCAUGUAAUUUGAAUAAAAUCUGUGAAAGAACUUAAGAAUUUCAAGUAGAAUCAAUACUCAAAUUUUGGAUCCAUGUAUCAAACUUUGCAAACAGGUAUUAAGUAAUUGAUACUUGAAACCAUUGGUACUUGGUGAAACUCCAUAACUACAGAAUUGAUGAAAAACAAGAAAAUUGUACAUUUCUCAAAUACAUCAUUUACUCAUAACCAUGGUUUCACCAGUAAAGGCAUUAUUACCUGAUGAUGCUUUUACUGUCAAAACCAUGGCCGUGAGUUAAUGUAUUUAUGAAACAGUUGUCUUGUUUUUCCUUAAUUCUGUAAGUGUUAAGUAAGUUUGUUCAAUAUAUAACUUGUAUCUGUAUUUAAUAUCAAUGAUCCAGAAAUGUUGAAAUAAUCCAAAAUAGGUAUAACAGAGAUUUUUUUAUAUCCAUUAAAGUCAAAAUAUUACCAUGCACAAAAUGUCAUAUGUUGACUGUCACCUGAAAGUAAGUAAAUAGUAGGUAGUCCAUUGGGAAACAUCUUAAUACAGUCCAGCGGAUAAGCUUGAAAUUCUUCAAAUUGUAAGGAAAGCAUGAAAAUUGGCAUACAUAUAGAUUUUCAUAUAGAGCUGCAUAUAAAAACAAAACCCAUUGCAAAUCUUGCCCCAAUCAAUAGCCAUCUCUGAUUAUAAUAUGGCCACCAUCAAAAACCAGCAUUACUCAACUAUAUGCUUUAUAUGUACAUUAAAAUGUCACCUAAAUAUUUAAAAUUUGGCAUACUUAUGGAAAUUCAUGCAUAAACAAGAUCCAUACAGCUGCCAUAUUGAAUUCCAAUAAAUCCAUAGAAAUGUUACCUUAAUAUCCAAAACCACAUUUCCCCUAUCAGAGAGGGAAUUAUAGCAUUUAAUUUAGUGUAUUAAGUUCUCUAGUUAAUGUCUAAAAUUUUACUCUUUAUAGUAGAAAUAGCAUCAUGAGUCCAGCUUAUAUAUUGUAUCACAUGGCAAUACAAUCUUCCCCACAUUUAUUGUAUUUUUAUUAAAGUAUGUUUAAGUAGCCAUAUACAAAAGUCUUGAAAUAAAUAGUUAUAUCAGCUGUAUAGCAUAUGAAUUAUGAUGCACACCUGUUAAAUGUUUACCACAAUGUGAAACAUCAUCCAUCAUUUGUGUAAACUUUACUCAAAUACAAAGACACAAAAAUAACAAUCACACUUAAAGCACUAAUAAGUGUCCAAAUUUUAUUGUAACUUAUGCUAUAACAAUCAUGUGAUUCAUCCAAAUGUGUGUAUAAUUUACACCAACAUAGAUAAAGACAAUGUAAAGUAUAUCCCAACUAUCACGGCCUUUUGAAACAUUAAUCUUGGUGGCAAUUUCCAGCACAGAAACAUAUUGCAAUGAAGUGCAAGCUAGCCUUGCAGUAUUUACAGAAACCCCUGCAUGCUUUCUUGCAGGAGCAUGGAUGAGCUCAUAGCAGAAUUUGGCAGCCUCUGAUAGGGUUACCCACAGUGGUGUUCAGCCUUGGUCUGCUUGAUCCCAACCUCAUUCACCUAGAGUCGGUACAUCCUGUUUAGGCACUAGUGAUUGCCACAUAUACGACCAGCCUGAUAAGCAGCUCUUUUGACAUACUGCCCAAGAACAUCCUGCAUUGGAGGGAUGUUUUCUUUGGGCAAAGAGUGUUUGAUGGUUCUGGUUCACAUAACUAAUUGGGCAAGGGUGGCUUACAUUAAUACAGAGCACCAUUUUAUUAAUUCAAGAUCUUCCUGCAUGUUUUCUUGUGGUAUUUUUUGAAAGGUUUGUAAAUACUGUUGUCACAUUAGGAUAUGCCUUCCAUGUCUCAAAUGUGUUUUUACUUCAUCCUCCAGAGAAGGCUGACACAAUAUUGCAACCCAUGAAUGUAUGAAAGAAGGCUUAGCAUGUGCUUGGAAGAAGAUCAUUGGCAGUGCUGUGUACAGGGAUGCAUGAAAAGUUUUUGCCAACUUCAAAGGCAAUCCAUAAUUUCUGUAUGUGUAAUUUGUACACACAGGCAGUUGCCAGAAUUAUAACAUCAUUAUCCAUUGCUCUGAUAAUUUCUUUAAUGUAUUAUUCGUUGGCCACAUGCAAGAUGAAACUGGUAUCUGCCCCCUCAUGAUUGCAUUGGAUGAGUAUAUGCAUAACAAAAAGAGUUGAACUGACAACAACAUUAUUAUAAGUGCUGACCAACUCAACCCCUAUAGGUUAAUAAUAGCUAAAUGCUCUGUUUACAAUUUUGUAGUUGUCCACUUGAUUUUCAAAUACAAUAGCAAACUAGCAAUGGUUAGCAGUGUGUUUUAAUAUUAUAAUGACUUAUGAAUUUAUUUAAGUGUUAAAACCAAACUCACUGUCCAAGACAAAAUGUGUUUAGAUAUUUAUAUGACACUUCUAUGAAAAUUAGAAGCAUAUAAUUAUGCUGGUUUUUUGUGGUGGACAUGUUGGAAUUCAAUAUGGCAGCUGUUUGUGACAAGAUCUGGAAUCUUGCUUUUGUGUGAAUUUAAGUAUGGAAAUCUAUAUGUAUGCCAAAUUUUAAAUAUAUAUAUAUGACAUUUCUAUGUACAUUUGAAGCAUACAGUUAAGUAAUUCUGGCCAUAUUAGAAUCCAAGAUGGUAGCUGUUUAGGGCAAGGUCUGCGAUGGGUCUUGCUUUAAUAUGAAUCUCCAUAUGAAAAUCUGCCUGUAUGUAAUUUUCAUACUUUUCUUGCAAUAUGAACAACUUGGAUAGUUUUUGGUGCUUAUUUGUUGGACUAAUACAUGUAUUAUAAAAUAAAAGUUAUCUUUAUUUUAUUUAGAAUUAGAAAGAAAAUUGUGAUGAAUAUAUUUUAUAAAAAACAACAAGUGUUUGCGUUAAUUAUUUUUCAUUCCCUGAUAAUUUUCAGUACAUCUAACCAGUUUCACUGAAAUAACAAAUUGUAAACUAUGAAUACAAUUAAUAUUUAGUAUAAUACUGAGGGGAAUAUUAUCCAGUUCUAUUAACCUUUUCCUCUAAAAUUAUCCCCUGUAAUGCUUCAAAUUAUAGUUACCCAUCCCCUCUUAAUUUGAAUUUACUUUUACAAACAAGGACAUAAAUAAAGAUGUAAAACAUUUUCAUGGCAUUUUUUUUUUCAGUGACUAAUAUGUCAUAUCAAAAAUUAUAAAUUAUUCUGGCAAACCCUUUUGUUUUCACAUAUGAAUGAAAAAUAAUAUUUUAUGUAUCCUGUGAAUUAGUCCCUUUUUUACCAUUCUUUUGAUAUUUAAAGUUAUUUUACAGUUUCCUUCAUAUAUUAUUCCAUCGUAUAUAUGAAAUAUGUAGCACUCAGUCCUAAAACAAGUUUUAGUUUUAUUUUCCUACAGCUAAAAGUAAACAUUCUGCUAUUUAGAAAUGUCUGAAUGUCUCAGGCAGAUCUGAAAUAUCCUGGUGAUUAACAUUUCUUGAAGUAAACAAAGAUGUUUCGUUUUAUUAAAAGAAUGAAGUGGUUCAUAUAUCUAAAAUUAAUUUUUAUCUUGUCUUUGAAGUUAACUGUUGAGUGUUCUCAUGCAAUAUGUUUGUGCAAAGACACAUUUUUUUAAUAGUUUCCAUCCAAAGUCUAUCUCUGUGUUUUCUUUAACCUUAUUAAAACAUACACAAUAGUUUUUAGAAAAUUAGUGUAACAAAAUACCAUUUUGUCCAAAAACAUUAUAGAACAUGCUAAAUGGAACUACAGAUAUUCCACUGUUUUUAUUUGAAUGUCAGAUCUUUGUCACCAGCAUUGUUAUUACCUUUUUUUUUUGUAAUUGAUAUAUUUCUUUGUAAUGUACUUUUAUUAUUACUAGAAGUACCCUAUUAUGAGGACCAAAAUAAUGAUAAGUAGAACAGAAUCAUGUCCUGCUACUUUAUUUUAUAAAAUCAUUUCUUGUAGAACUGUAAAUCUACUAAAUUUCCAUAACUGAAAAUUUUCCCAUAAUUUGAUUUUUAUCAGACAUUUUAAUGUUGUUUAAUUUUUCUAAUUUAAAAGAAGUCUAGAAAAUAAACUGUUUAUUCAACUAUAAUAUAUUUUUCCAUUAGUUUGCCAUGUUGUUUUAUAUAGAGGUAAAAAUAUAAAUAGCAGCUGUAAUUUUCUCAUGGUGAUUGUGGUAAAUGCCAACAAUACUAUGAAACUUAAGAGAAUAAAAACUAUUCUAUUGUU